AUGGCUAUCCUCCCCUUCGUCCUCGUCGGCCCCGCCCUCUGCGCCGCACUCGCCGCCCUCUACUACGCCAGCAGACGUCGCGCUCGUUCUUCUCUUGCAUACAUCAGGGGUCCCACAUCAGAAUCCUUUCUUUUUGGCAAUUAUCGUCAAAUCCGCCGCGGGCAGGUAGGCGAAGUCGAUUUCGAAUGGCAGGACCGCUAUGGCGCGCUCCUUCGCUUCAAGGCACCAUUUGGAGAGGACCGUCUGAUGGUCUCUGACCCAAAGGCGAUCCAGCACAUUUUCCAGACAAACCAAACAAACUAUACACAACCCCCUCAGGACCGCGAGGUCCUGCGCACACUCCUUGGGCCGGGCAUAGCCUGGGCAGACGCGGACACGCACAGACGCCACAGGAAAGUCAUGACCCCCGCGUUCGGGGUCGCGCAGGCAAAGAGCCUGAUACCCCUCUUCAAGGCGACCAUCGGGAGACUCACGUCCAAAUGGAGCGACAUGAUCUCCGGCGACGCAGACGAUACCUGCCAUCAGCCCCCCAGCUCCCGCGUGAUCAACCUGCCUCAAUGGAUCAAUCGCGCGUCGCUCGAUAUUAUCGGCGAAGCGGCGUUCGGCUACGACAUAGGCGCCCUGGACGAUCUGGACAGCGAGCUGGGAAAGGCGUACGAGAACAUGACACUGGAGGCGUUCGCGCUCCCGACGACGCUCGGCGUGCUCGCGCAGGGGUGCAUGCACCUCCUCCCGCCCGCCGCCGUCCGCUUCCUCUUCGACCACAUACCCAACCGCGGGCUGGACCGCCUGCGCGGCGUGAAGCGCGUCGUCGAGCACGUCGCGGAGAGCCUCGUCACGGAGGAGAAGGGCGUGCACGGGCUCGACACGACGCGCGGGGGCAUGGGGAAGGCGAAGGGCGGGGAUCUCUUGAGCUUGCUCAUCAACGCGAAUGCGUCGCAUACCGAGGGGAGCAAGCUCUCCCGGGAAGAGAUGCUCGCUCAAAUCAGCACGGUGAUGUUUGCAGGGCACGACACGACAGCGGCAACGCUCAGCUUCGCGCUGUACGAACUCGCGAAGCACCAAGAGUGCCAGACGCGCCUGCGCGACGAGAUCCGCGCCGCCAUCGCGCGGGGCGCCGCAGACAUCGACGACACCGACGCCGACGCCUGGGUGCGCGUAGUCGAGAGCCUGCCGUACCUAAACGGCGUCCUCAAGGAAGUGAUGCGGCUGCAUCCAGUCGGGUACCACAUCAACCGGCAGCCGCGAACCGACGACGUAAUACCCCUCUCGAAGCCCAUCGUCACGUCGGAGGGAAGGCAGAUAUCAGAAGUGGUCAUCCCCGCGGGGACGAAGAUAAUCGUGUCGAUAGCGGGGUACCACAGGAACAAAGACGUAUGGGGCCCAGACGCGCACGUCUUCAGGCCGGAGCGCUGGCUCGAAGAGUCAGGAGGGCUGCAGAUGAAGGGCAGCCCCGGGGUGGGCAUGUACGCGAACUUGAUGACCUUCUCCGGCGGUUUCCGCUCCUGCAUGGGCUGGCGGAUAGCCCUUCUGGAAUUACAAACCUUCCUCUUCGAUCUGGUCGACCAGUUCCACUUCGGGCUGACCAAGGACGCGAUGCGGCUCCGGCGCGAGCCCUGCCUAGUGAUGGCUCCGAUGGUGGAGGGGCAGACGGAUAAGGGCGCGCAGUUACCCCUGCAGGUCAGCAUCGCGCCUAGAGAUUAGAUAGAUACCCAGGGCUGUCUUGAAUCCGGAAGACCAAGACUAUCAAUCAGAGUAGUAUCAGUACAAUGUACAUUUUAUCCACUGUAUACUUAUCGCUUCU